AUGGAGAUUGUGUACGUAUACACGAGGAAACGUAGCGAAUUUGGGCGUCAGUGCAACUUCUCAGAUCGUCCAGCGGAGCUUCAUGUGGACAUCUUGCCUGACCCUACCCAGGCCUUGAAUUUUAUAGAAAGGAAUCCAUGCGACACUGCCAUUCAAUGCGCCCACGACAUGUCUGAACAUGAGGUAAGUAAUUAUUCUACAUUUACACCACACAGCAUGUGGUCUGUUUGGGAAAGGCUAGAGAAAAGUGGCACUACAGAGCAAUCUGCCCAGCACAAUGUAUAGAUUAAUGUGAUUCCUUAUAAAGUAGCAUUAUGUCAUCCUGUAUAGCCACAGCAAAUACAUGUGUUGGAUUAUUCUGUAUUUUAGCAAAUGGCUCUUUCCUAGCAGAGAAUGAAUCUAUAUUUUAGUCGUAGUUUUUCUGUUGUGCAGAUAUUUACCAAUCCAGUUGACUUUCCUUAAUUCUAAUAGCAGACAGACAGGCAUUAAUUAACCUUUUAAUUACCGAUGGGACCUGCGUUUAUAAUGUUGAAAUACAAAAAGACAGAAUCUUACUCACGCCAAAACACAUGUAAUAGAAUGCAAAUGGCAAUUAUAGCGAAUGCUAAUUAGUGUUUGUUAAUCAGUUAAUCAUAUUCCAGUCUCUGAGUGCUAACUGCUAAUUAUCCUAGGGAGAACUGAAGAGCCUUUGCCAGAAAUCUCACAGUAAUAGCUGUCACAUUCAUGGUGGCUGCCGAGGCUGGGCAUGUGUGUGGCUGUAAAUCAACACCCUGUUCCUGCAAAUCUGAGCAAUAUGGGGUGUAAAAGGCCAGUGUUGAUUGAGAAUAAAUUUAAAGUUAUCUGCGCACUGUCCCAAGCAUAAGGGAACACUUUAAUAAACGUUAGUAAAUAGACACCAUGUGGAAUGGGUACGUUUCAAUGAAGAAAGGUCUGUGUAGACUUUUUGCUUAUAUCGGAAAACCACUAGAUCUCCAGAUCAGGGCUGCUAUGGUUUACUGGACACAAAUGGGGUUAGGUGGCAUAACCACCUGGACAUCAUACAGGGAUAUUCACACUCACAAUUGCUUUGACCAGUUAUGUAUUUUCUAAUGCUUUUUAGGUCAACACAGAAAGGUUUGAAAUGGAAGUGCGUGGUAUAAACCAUGUGGAAGGUGGAUGGCCCAAAGAUAUUAAUCCUCAAGAGAUGGAACAGACCAUUCGCUACCGGAAAAAAGUAGAGAAGGAUGACCACUACAUAACCACAAUCACACAACUGGGCAGCGUAAGUGCUGGGAAAUUGUCUCGUUAAGGGUUUGUACCACUGAUACCACAAAAAAGUACACACAAUAUCCACAGCAAAAAGGAAUUCCUUCCACAAGCUGCUGAUUGGUGUCUUAACUGUGGGAAACACAUACCACUAUUAAGAGAUGCCACCCAACAUUUUGGAAGUGAUGGAUUUCAAACAUUUUUGGAAUCUUCAAGGAGAGAGAGCUAUUCAUGGUUAGUCUAUAUAGGGCAGCGUUCUUUGGGCAAUAAUUCUUUAAAACAUAUAACCCAACAGUAGAUGGAGGCUGGUGCCGGUUACACCUAAAGAUCACACUGUCUUUAUUUUCUGGCCAAAGUAAUUUCUUCAUUCCAGAGUACUAGACACGUUCCCUUUGUAGUGAGCUAAAUGAGAUAUCACGAGGCCUAUACAUAUCUAACAGGUAGAGAAGCAUGUCGGGUAUUUUCAUUUGUACCCAACAGGUCAUCCCGGGGGAACAAUGAAAUCAUAUUUGGGAGUUUCAGACACUCACAAAGUCGAUGUCAAGAUGCCGCCACACUGAAUGAGCAAGAUAUUUCUCCAAAACAGGAAUAUAUUUGACUGCAUUGGCAAUUCUUAGAUUUACCAAUGCCUAAUGCGGUCCUAAUUCGGUCGGUCCAACCAAUUCUGUAACAUUAGUUUAAUUCAGAAAAUCAGUUAUUUUCGCAUCUGAACCAAUUUACAGCAAAAGAGAUUUAUCAACAGCCGCAUGACGGCCAAAGAUAAACUACAUCGGGGGCAGAUAUUGUUAUAUUCUGGGCCCCCACCCAUGCCAGCAGGUGGGAGCCCUAAUAUUAGUAACAAAAGAAGGGUCGACCUCUGUUAUCAUAUUGAGUGACUGAGCCCUGUAUCAGUGAUUAUAAUAACAAUGUGUUACUGUCCUGUUGUUAUACUAGGUGAUGGAGCACUGUAUCAAACAGAAUAAUGCUAUCAAUAUCUACGAGGAAUAUUUUGAAGAGGAAGAAGAAUUGGAAGGGAUAGAUGAAGCACCGUCAGCAAAGACGAUAAAUAUCUUCAGGUAAUACACACAGGACAUUGGCUGAAUUGCGUUACACGUCACCGUAUUAGUGACAUCUGCUGGCUGUCUCCAGUAGACAUACUGGCAUUAUGGUGAUAUAGGAACAUCCUUCAUAGCUAGACAUUUACCUGAAGCUUUCCAUCUACGGGCAUUAUUACUAAUGAAGUUUAUAUUUAAGAAGCAUCUAAUCCAUUUUUAUGCACUGACUGUGGUUUUACAUCUUUCACCCAAAGGGAGUACUUUCCCAGUUGUAUAUUUUAUUAUUUAUUAAUUAUGUAUUUCCAACAUGUGUUGAUUUCAUAUAGUUAGUCAUCAGUGUUUAAUGGAACAGUCUGGGCACCAUAAGGGGUUAAACCAUUUAAAAUGAUUUAACCACAAAGUCUGGAAUCCAGCACUGUUUAGCCCAGCCCCUGAUCUUCUGCUUCUUUUUGAUUCAUGAAACCCGAAGUUUGGGACAGCCUCGAACAGGGGCUCUGCUGAUUGCUCUACAUAUGUUUCUUAGGCCAUUUUUAUGAAUGGAGAGAUACUGACUGAGCGUGAGCUGACUAAUCCAAUCAGCAGCGCCCCUCUGUGAGAUUUCCUGUUUCAAGCCACGGACAGAGGCGGUAGGACGGGGCAGAGCUAAACUGCACUGGAUUCCAGCCUUUGGGUAACAACUUAAUUCCGAUGAAGUUUGUUCGGUGCCUGAAGGUUACCUUAAUUGUUAAUCAUAUUACUCAUUUUUCAACUGCAGAGCAUAUUAAUAACUAGCCUCGGCUUCUCAGACAUUUGAAAAUUAUUUUUCCCACGAAUCUUAGUUUCUCAUCAGUGCUGAGAAACAUCUAUGGGUAAAAUAUUAACCAGCCUCAGUCUUGGAGGUGGUUGUGGUCUAUAAAUAUGAAAAUAGAGGUGAAAUCAGUCAUUUUUAUACUGUUUUUCCAUAGAGAUCCAAAUGAAAUUAAGCGUACCGCCACGCACCUCUCAUGGCAUCCAGAUGGUGGCAGGAAACUAGCUGUGGCCUAUUCGUCCCUCGAGUUCCAGCAAGCUUCUAAAGACAUGAGCUAUGACUCGUACAUCUGGGACAUCGGUGAGGACAAUUUCUUCCUUUUUCUGUUAGCUGAUCAGAAAUUAGAAGCUGAUUCAAGGUGUUAUUGAGUCUGUACUUUUCUGGCAUUUAGCAACUAUACAGUGAAGUGUCCCAGUGAUGAGUCCAGUGAGCUCAUAUUUGGAUUUUAAUUUAGUUUAGUUAGUAAACCAGGUAAUGAGGAUUCUGCAGCUUUACUAGUAGUUCUAAUUUAAUGACUUCAAAGUCAAAUUCCAUUUAUAUCUAGAGUUUUCUCCAGUGUGUGCACCCCUCCUCCCUUUAACUGGACAGUAGACAGGUAAUUGGUGUUUGCUCUAUAACUGGACAAGGACAAGUCAUUUGGUCGUUAAAUAGUCUUUCUGAUGGGGUGACAGUGGACACAAUGCUGUGUAACAUGUUACGAGUCCACAAUUAAUACCACUAUUCUCUUCCUUUCCUAGAAAGUCCAAACAAGCCAGAAUUGAUCUUGAAGCCUGUCUCUCCUCUCGUCAGUCUGGAAUACAACCCUAAAGACUCACAUAUCCUGGUUGGGGGCUGCUAUAAUGGACAGAUCAGUAAGUGGGUUCCACCAUUUAGCUACCUCUUACUCUGGUCUGUGGAGUGUGAUCUUAACCAUAGAACCCCAGUUACCUAUUGAACAAGGGUUUUGGGACAUGUAGUUUAUUUCACAGCCGUGGUUCCAUUAAUCACACAGGAUGAGCCAUAUUACUGCUACCUACAAUCAAUAUAUACAGAGUCACAGUGAUUGACAUUGGGGGAGAAAGAGAAUGCUCUAAUCGGUCUGUUUUAAAUAUCUUUCUCAGAUUGCAGUUAUUUACGUUAGAGAUCAAUUAACACAUUUAAUAACUUGACCCCUUAUGAGCCGCUAUGUGUUCUCAGGGAGGGCAAUCAGAAUGAGAUGUCACAGUCACAUCCAGCAACAUUUUUUUUAAAUUUAUUGCUCCUGAUUAUGUGAGCUUAGAAUAGGGAGCGCCACAUGGGAUGUUAACUUGUUAAAGAGCUAAAAAUACCAUGAUCCUUUGCCAACCAUGGGUUAUAAAGUCUGGUGAAGGGCUAUGGGAAUUUUAAUUCUUUGUGAUCACUCUGUCGAUAUAUCCCGUAGACAAAUACAGCAAUCAAAACCACGAUGAGUUCCUGUAACAUCACUAAAUGGGCAGACGGAGAAUAAUUGUAGUUAAUUCUGUUUUAUGAAGUAUUCCUUCCCAUACUAUAAACCAAGGGAGUCAAGUUACCCUCCAACACUUACAUAAUAUCCCUGGACAAUGAACCAAGGGGUCUUUCUUUUCUCCGAUAUGUACAUAAUAUCCCUGGACAAUGAGCCACGGGGUCUUGCUAAUCUCCGACAUGUACAUAACAGCCCUAAUCACUACCUAAAUCUCUCUGAAACACCACUUGGUUUCUUCUGCAAAUUACCCUCCAACACUUACAUAAUAUCCCUGGACAAUGAGCCAUGGGGUCUUGCUAAUCUGACAUGUACAUAAUAGCCCUGGACAAUGUACCAAGUGGUCUUGCUAAUCUCUGACAUGUACGUAAUAUCCCUGGACAAUGUCCCAAGGGGUCUUGCUAAUCUCCAAUAUGUACUUAAUAUCCCUGUACAAUGUACCAAGGGGUCUUGCUAUUCUCCAACAUGUAUGUAAAAUCCCUGGACAAUGUACCAAGGGGUCUUGCUAAUCUCCGACAUGUACAUAAUAUCCCUGGACAAUGUACCAAGAGGUUUUUCUGUUCUCCGACAUGUAUGUAAAAUCCCUGGACAAUGUACCAAGGGGUCUUGCUAAUCUGACAUGCACGUGAUAUCCCUGGACAAUGUCCCAAGGGGUCUUGCUAAUCUCCGACAUGUACAUAAUAUCCCUGGACAAUGUACCAAGAGGUCUUUCUGUUCUCCGACAUGUAUGUAAAAUCCCUGGACAAUGUACCAAGUGGUCUUGCUAAUCUCCGACAUGUACAUAAUAUACCAGGACAAUGUACCAAGGGGUUUUGCUAUUCUCCGACAUGUACAAAACAGCCCUAAUCCCUGCCUAAAUUUCUCUGAAACACCACUUGAUUUCUUCUGCUUGUUUUCUAGCAUAUUGGGACACGCGGAAAGGGGGACAUCCUGUGGAGCUGUCUGUCAUCGAGCACAGCCACCGAGACCCGGUCUACAAAGUCAUCUGGCUCCAAUCAAAAACUGGCACUGAGUGUUUCUCGGCUUCAACGGAUGGCCAGGUGAACCAUGGGGAUUCUGUAUGA